AUGGCCGUCGAUCUCUCAUCACCAGACUCAAGCCUGUCGGAGAAGGUGGAAGCUGUCACACGGCAGAGGGAUGACCUAAAGGCGUUGUGUGAGAAGCUGGCCAUGGUCAUCAAGGAGGAGGAGUCUGCACGACGGGGAAUCACGGACGAGUGCACAGCAUUGAGAAAACGGCAGGAAGAUCUUGAGAAGGAACUCGAUCGAGUGAAGGAAAGCUCACAGAAGGAGGCGGAGAAGGCGAUGGUGGAAAAAGAGAACUAUGAGGCAGAGAUUGGUGCUACUAAAAGAGAUAUGCUGGAGCGGGUGAGGGAAUUCGAGGGGAAAAUGUCGACUAUUCGCGAAGAGGUGGAGAACAGCACUUCGGAUAAUCAUAGACUGGCUCAUGAGGUCAUUAGACUGCAAAGGGAGGCGAAAGCUAAGGAGGAGGAGAUGACACGACUGAAGGCGCAGAUGAAGAGUGCUACUGAGGGGUGUAGGGAAGCUGAGGAGAAGGCGAAUGGUAUGCAGGUGGACUUGGAUGCGGCCAGGAAAACUGGGCAGGACAUGAAGUUGGAGUUGGAUCGAUGCCAGUCUAGAGUGGAGGCGCUGAAGACCGAUCUCGGAGCUCAGCGGAAGGCUAGGGCCAAGCUUGAGGCGACGGUGGAGGCCCUCAGGGGCGCAGUUGUUACUGAGAACACUGAUAAGUCUACAGCAAGUCGGGGCCUGGAUGAUGCCAAUAGGAGGAUAGCACUCUUGGAGAAGGAGAAGGAGAGGGCUGAAGGGCAACUGAAGAAGAUGAUGACGAUGGUGAAGGCGUUGGAGGACACCCAGAGCUCGCUACUGUCUGAGCUGGAGGUGACCACGUCCAAGUUGGCGGACGUCGGCAAGAGUGCAACGGCCAAUGAGGAGACGAAUGUCGAUACAUUGAGGAGGGUUGCCGAGCAGCAGCAGGAGAUAGUGCGCAUGCGUACGGCUAUGUUAACCCUUGAUAGGGAGAGGGAUGAGUUGCAAUCAGCUGUUGAUGAUAAGUCAGAGGAAGUGUCGUCGCUGAGGGCCACCAAUAGGGAGCUCAGUGACCGAGUGGGAGAACUGAAUCGUAAAGUGGAGCAGCUGAGGCGGGAGACUGAGGGCCAACAGGUUAACCUCAACACUCGAGAUGAUGAGAGUGCUGCCCUUCAUAGGACUAUCCAAGAACUUCAAGAGGAGACGGUGCGUCUGUGUACGGAGUUGGACGGGUCUCAGCAGGAGGUCCGGAAUAUCACAGAGGAUGUUGCUCACAUGACUAGGGAGAAUCAGUCCCUCCACGCUGAAGUCAUCCGUCUUUCGAGAGAAGCGUCCAACUUUAGGACUGCCUUGGACCAGCAAAAACGAGAUACUCAGACGACAAUCGAAGCUCUUCGAGCUGUGGAACUGGAGAGGGAUGAUAUCAGGGAACUCUAUCAUCAGGCGACUUUGGACGGCCACAGGUUCGAUCCCUGUACACUCCAGGAAGAGCGUGACCAACUGGAGGAAAGCCUGGAUCUGCUGACCAAGGAGAACGAGAAGUUCCAGGCAUCUCUGAGUGAAGCUUUUAAGCAGAAUCAUCGUUUGCAAAUUGAUCUCGAUGCAACUGAGGAUCAGAACCAGCAGCUUCUGAAGCAAUUACGAGAAAUGAACGAUCUGCUAGCCGAACAGCGGCGUAUGGUAGCAGUAGCAGGGGAGGAUAGGAAUCGAGCUGAGGAUGCCUGCCGCCAGCUGAGCACGGCGGGAAAUCACCAAUCACGAGAAUCGGCAAAGUUGGCGACACAGCUCGCAGCUGUGACUGCUGAGAAUCAACGGCUGAGUAGCGAGUCUAGCUUCUCCGUACAGACCCAUCCCGAAUACAUCAGCCUGUGUGAUACGGUGGAACAGCAGUAUAAACUCAUCGGUACGGUGACUGGGGGUUUACGGUAA